AUGGAAACCGUAGUUGACUUCCUAAACAUAUUCCACAUGGACACCAGCGGAUUAUCUCUGACACUGGGCCUGCUUUUCCUUGUUCUUUUGUACUGGUAUUCAAUUUACCCCUUUUCAGUCCUCACCCGAUGUGGAAUUAAACAUCCGAAGCCAGUGCCCUUCUUCGGCAAUCUGUUCCUGUUUCGACAGGGUUUUUUCCAUCCCAUGUCUGAACUCAUAAAGACGUAUGGUCGAGUUUGUGGGUAUUAUUUGGGAAGGAGAGCAGUGGUGGUCGUGGCAGACCCUGAUAUGCUGCGUCAAGUGAUGGUGAGGGAGUUCAGCAGCUUUCCCAACAGAAUGACUAAUCGCUUUGCCAGCAAACCUAUAAGCGAUUGUCUGCUUAUGUUGAAGAACGAACGGUGGAAAAGAGUCCGCAGCAUCCUGACGCCAGCCUUCAGUGCUGCCAAGAUGAAAGAGAUGGUUCCACUCAUCCAAACGGCGACAACUGCCUUGAUGAACAACUUGGAUGUCUUUGCCAAAUCUGGGGAGGCUUUUGACAUUCACAGAUGCUUCGGCUGCUUCACUAUGGAUGUCAUCGGCAGCGUGGCGUUCGCAACACAGGUGGACUCUCAGAACAACCCGGAUGACCCGUUUGUCCGUCAUGCUCAGAUGUUCUUCUCCUUUUCUUUCUUCAGGCCCAUCAUGUUGUUUUUCAUUGCUUUCCCGCACAUCAUGGCUCCACUGGUAGGAAUCAUCCCCAAUAAACGCCGCCACCAAAUGAAUGAGUUCUUCAUCAACAACAUUCAGGGGAUCAUCAGAAAGAGGGAGGAACAACCUCCUGAGCAGAGGCGGCGGGAUUUCCUUCAGCUGAUGUUAGACGCUCGAAGCAGCAAAGACGAAUUGUCUUCAGAGCACGUUGAUUCUGCGAGGCACGGCGCUGCCGCAGUGCCAGAGCAUGCAAGCCCAGAGGCAUCCGCUCGCAAUCCUUCCAAAAAGGCUAUAACAGAAGACGAAAUUAUCGGCCAAGCUUUAGUCUUCCUGCUGGCCGGUUACGAGACCAGCAGCAACACUCUGGCCUUCACAUGUUACCUCCUGGCGAUCCAUCCGGAGUGUCAAUGUCGAGUGCAGGAGGAGGUGGACGACUUCUUCAGCAAGCACGAGUCCCCUGACUAUGCCAAUGUCCAGGAGCUGAAAUAUUUAGACAUGGUGGUUUGUGAAGCAUUAAGGCUCUAUCCUCCUGGAUUCAGGUUUUCUCGAGAAAUUGAGCAGGACUGCAUUGUGAAUGGAGUGCACCUCCCAAAAGGAGCAAUGGUGGAGAUCCCAGUGGGAUUUCUUCACUAUGACCCAGAACACUGGCCCGAGCCGGAAAAGUUCAUUCCCGAAAGAUUCACGCCUGAGGCUAAAGUCAAUCGCCAUGCAUUCACGUACCUCCCUUUCGGAGCCGGACCCCGCAACUGUGUAGGCAUGAGGCUCGCCCAACUCGAGAUCAAAGUUGCGCUGGUGCAAAUCUUUCGCAAGUUCAACAUUACGACGUGCUCUGACACAAAGGUUCCACUUGAGUUGAAGUCAUCAAGCACCCUCGGACCUAAAAAUGGCAUUUUCGUCAAGAUUACAAGGAGAUCUGACUAA